AUGCAUAUUUUAGGAAUUGCCUUCGAAAUUCGAUUUACGUAUGUUUAUAUUGAAGCAUCAUCUUCAUCAUCAUCAUCAUCAUCAUCAUCAUCAUCCUUUUCAAUCAGACCUACAUUCAUUCCUAAAGCGCCAUUAGCUAGUCAUGUUGAUGCCGGACUAGGUGCGGGUGCCGCAGCUGGUGGCCUUGCUGGUUUAAUCGGUGGUCUGAGUGCACCGUUACUUUGCUUUGGAUGUCUAUCAGCAAUAGCGCUUCUUGGACUCUUUGCCACUAUGAUAGGUGCAGCAGCCUAUAUGAACUCAAUUCAACGUCAAAUUCGUCAAAAUGCUCAAGGUGCUGGAACAAUGAUUGAACUUAAUCUUUUAGUUCUUUUGUGUGCACUUCUCUGUUCGAUGUAUGUAUGGGAAAAAAAUCGACGAGGUGGUGCUCUUAGUUAUUGA